AUGGCGGGAUACGGAUAUGAGAGGAUGAAAUUGAAAGAAUAUCUUGGAAUUGAGUGGAUAGAAGACGGUUUUGAUGAAACCGACCAACAUGACAACAAACCGAUACGACAUGCCAGUGAUCUGGACUGCACAUUUGAUGAUAUAAAGAAAUGUCAAUGGCGCAAUGUUAGAGAGAAAGAAGCACUCGAUUCCCUCGACUUUCAUUUAUUUGAAAAAAUUGAUUUUAAGGAAUUCCCUGUGUUACAAGUCCGGCCAGGACCAAGUCGACUGGCUCGAGGUGACAAACUUUUGUUUACUGGAGAUCGGAAACAAGAGGAACAAACUGCUGUCUUGAAGAGUUCACCAAUUCUUUGUCAAAACAGCACAGGAAUCCUUACUUUUACGUUCUGGUUGUACAAUGGUGCACGAGUGGAAGUGUUGUUAUUGAAACAAAAAAAAGAUCGGCUUGUUAUUUUGCCGGAAAAACCUUUUGUUGACUGUGGUAUAGUAUUGCUCAAUACUGAAUGUACAGCUGAAAUUCCGCCGCGUGAUGAAGAAUUCAGCAUUGGAAUCAAGGCAUAUAAUAUAGCAAAUCGUGAAGUUGAUCUGGGCGAGAAUUUUCGAGGUCGACCAUUCAUUACAUCCAGUAAAGGAAGUCUUGUUAAAGCUGCUCAUGAUCUAAAUUGCAACAAUUUUACUUCAAGAUGUCGGUGGCGCACGGUCGGUUAUGGAUUAGAGAUGUGGCAGAUAGCCGAUGAAUCACCGAGCAAUGAAUUAAUGUUUAAUGCAACGGGUGCUUUACCAGUACCAGAAGCACCCUUUUUAUUCAUGUACAUUGAACAGAAUCGUCACGGUCCUUUUAAUGUUUUACAAUCCGAUCCAAUUGAUUGCCAAAUAGAAAACACAUCUAAAUUUAGCUUCAGAUUCUGGACAACUCGUAAUGUGGCUUUGGAAAUUUGUGCUCGAGAUCGUUCAUUAAAUGCUGCAGAAUGUCAUUUGGUACCAAUGGCUUUAUCACCUGCUCUUGUUAGCAUAAAAAUCAACAAACUGUCGACAUUUUCUCUAACAGUUGAAGUGAAAAGUAUCAACAGUGAUUACGACAACUUUAUCGCAAUCGAUGACAUGAACUAUGAAGGGACAUUUUGUAGUGAAGCAGUAAAUGCUUGGGAUCUCGGUGGCAAUUUUUAUCCGACAUCCAUGCUUAACUGUAUGUGGGCAAAUCAUGAACAAGCAGAACCGGCAUGGCAGAUUGGUACCACGCCACUUAAUAAGCACAAAUUUAUUUCUCUUACUGGUAGUUCUGAAUUGCCAGAUGGUGAAUUUGCUAUUGUUCACUUGAAAUCUGGUCAAGCAUCAACGCUAAUCACUGAACCAAUCCGAUGCAUUUCCGGUCAAGCUACACUUACAUUUAGAUUCUGGCUUAGUGGUAACACACGUCUGGACGUUUGUUUGCUUGAAGAUAAGAUUUUGGAAGCGGUUGACUGCCAGCAAAUAGUCUUAAAACAACCAGGACCUGCGUUAGUUGAUUUACCGGGAAUGAAUCAUCCGGUACGGAUUGCUUUGAAAGCGGAAUCAUCUUCUCAAGGAAUGGCACUGAUUGAUGAUCUAGUAGUUAUGGGUGACAUAUGUCCAUCAGUAAUACGCCACCACGGUGUGCGUUUAUUUGGUUCUGGACUAGCCCAAAUACCUGAUCCAAAUGUUUGCCGACUUCUUUCUUGUAACUUCAUGGAAGGUCAAACAUGCUUAUACAGUUCAGGUCGAGUUGCUUUGUCUCAAAGUAAUUUCAAAGCACGAGAUGGCGCUGUUACUGCAUUUUUAUUUAAAAAAGGAAAAGUAGCAGUACUCGAAUCACCAACUUUCCGUCUAAAUGCUGCUGCGAGGAUUCAUUUCUUGUAUCGCAACGAUGCGAAUACAUCUGUGGUUUUUGUAUGUCAUGAUAGCAUUAGCCGAGAGUUGGAUAGCUGUUUCAAAGUUGGAGGAGACAGUGCAGGACAUGGUUGGCAUCAUGAUUUCAUGGAAGUACUACCUAGUGAUACAAAGUUUUAUAUGGUUGCAAAGCUAGCUGAUAAUUCUAGAAGUGCCCGUGUUUCCAUUACAAACAUUACUGUUACCGAUGUUGACAAUAAUAUUGCUUGUUCACUGUAG